AUGGACGAUCUCUUUGAGGAGUACCACCGACAUGUAAAAGGCAUUCUUGAGAAUGUAUCAGACCAGCUUAGAGUCUGCGAACAAGGAGCGAUCGGAAGCUCGACUACGCAGAGGCAGAACCUCGAGCAGCUCAAAAAGGUCAUCUCUUCCGCUGAUGAAACGGUCAGACAGCUAGAGCUCGAAGCUCGCGCGUCAGACGGAGAUAUCGCAACUACACGCAUCGAAGAGAUACGCCGAAUAAAGGCGGUGCUCAAAAAUGCAUCGAAUCGCACCAAGGGCCUGGAGAUUGAACUGGAGCGGCUGGAGCUCCUUGGCAGCGCAAGAAACAAACAGCCAGAGGGGGGGCACUAUAAUCAGCUGCAAGAAAAUGACAGGCUCAUACAAAAGGGUUAUGAGUACCUGCAGACCUCUUGCGCCAUGGCACAGGAGACGGAGAUGAUCGGUGCAAGUGCGGUUGGGGAACUUUACGAGCAAAGGAACGUCUUGUACAACGUGCAAAAGGAGAUCAGAGAGACAAAAUUCUCUAUAAAGGAGGCUGAUGCCUACCUUACCAAACUGCUCAAGCAGGGCAGGCUAAAUACCGUUGUCAUGCGCAUUGUUUUCGGAGGAAUACUGGUGGCCGCCCUCAUCAUAGCUAUAUCUAGAUUAUUACGUACGUUUGCGUGA